CAGACAGACCGGUCCAAUUGGGACUGCUUUGAUCCGAUUUCGCAACAACCAUUCCCUUCCUCAAUCAGCAAAGAGGGAAGGUAGAGAGAAAAUCAGAGAAUCGAGGACGAUGGAGGAAGAAGAAGGAGGUGGAAUAAGGCUGAGCAAGAGGUUCUCGGACAAAGACGGAGAGGUUGAUUACAAGACCAAAGCCGGCACAGCUUGGUCCCACUCUUACCUCAACCAGAAGCCUUGGCACCCUCUCUCUUACCCUAACCAGCGACGCAAAUGGAUCGCCGAACAAACCCACGCCCAGCGCGAUCGUCGUGCCCAAGAAGUCGCACGCGAGUAUGCUCAGGAGCAAGAAUUCUUCCGCCAGUCCGCUCUCGUCUCCAAGAAAGAGAAGGAAAAGAUGGAGAUAAUGAAAGCUGUUAGCUUUAUGUAUGUCCGUCCACCUGGUUACAAUGCUGAGAGUGCCAAAGCUGCAGAGGUUGCCGAGGAGAGGAAAAAGCAUGAGGAGGACAGCCCUUCACAACACCCACCCACGGGUGGGGCUUCCAAUGCAAUGUCGAAAGAACCUAUGCCCAUUAGAGAGCCUUCAGGUGAAGAAAGAAAGAAGCCGAGGCCAAAAGAUGUUUUUGGUCGAGCGCUACCAACAGAAGAACAAUUCGAAGUUCUUAAAAAUGCUCCAAGGCUAGAGACUGGUGUUCCAGCAAGGUCUAAACCAUUUGCAGUUGAAGUGCGCAAUGUAAAAUGUGUAAGAUGCGGAAAUUUUGGCCAUCAAAGUGGUGAUCGUGAAUGCCCAUUGAAGGACGCUAUAAUGCCUAGUGAAGAGAGUCGAUUGAAAAGAGACGACCCCUUAACCGCUAUCCUUGCUCAAACAGGUUCUAGUGAGCCCCUAAAGUGGGAGUUGAAACAAAAACCAGGAAUGAGUCCUCCUCGUGGAGGAUUCAAACCUGAUGAUCCCAACCAGCAAAUAGUCGCUGAGGACAUAUUUGAUGAGUAUGGAGGAUUCCUUGGUGGGGAGAACAUCCCAGAGUUGCUGACCAGCUUCACAAGUAAACCCAAGAAGAAAAAGUCCAGCAGUAAGAGUAAGCACAAAAGGCGGUCGUCACCAACUAGUACUAAAUCAAAAUAUCAUACAGAUGAUUGGUCGUCUUCUCCUGAUGAUGAUGAGAAGAGGUCAAAGAAGAAGACGCACAAGAGAAAGAAGGGAAAACAUUCUGAAUCAAGUUCUUCAGAUGACGAUAGGCAUCAUAAAAGGAGCAGACACAGGCGUUCUUAUUCAUAUAAUAAUUCGGACUCUGACAGCCAAAAUCGAAGUAGACACCGUCGUCACCGUCGCCAUCGCCGUCGCCGUCGCCAGAAUCACUCUGAGUCUCCAUCAGAAUGAGAUAAACUAUCUUACCCUUUUUUCUUUUUCUUUUUGUAUUUUUAUUUUUAUUUUUUAAGAUUGCUCAAAAUGAACAAUUUUCCUUGUGUAUGUCAACUAUCAAAGUGAGCCAUGGGUAUGAAAAUGCUAGAGAAACUUUGUUGAAAGCCUUGGCCUCGUGGGGUAUUACUUAUGUGUUAGGGGAGGCUCAGCAUCACUGUUUAAGGAUGAGGAAUUUAUUUCCUCCUUUGUACCUUGUCAAAGUUUGUAAACAUACCAGUGUUCAAGAUCACAGCUAGCUUCUUUGUAAUUAAUCCAGACCCCCAACUCACCACC